AUGGCCGGCCCACCGCAAUGCGGCAAUGUUGCUUCUAUAAAGUACAUUGGCGCACCUGGCGAUGGGGAAUUCCUGCACAAGGCUCCAAGAGUGGCGGAGCGUUUAGCGCCCGCGCGUUUCGGCCGAGGCGCCCAACCGAUUGAGGUAAGGGGACCUUAUCAUCGUUGCAUCCGAGCAGCCGAAACCUAUGGAACCUCAGUGUCGUCUGAAAAUGGCGGUGGCAGCUUCCGUGUACAGUUCGCGCUACGCCGUUCGGCGGCAACGAGGAAGCCGCGAGGCCUAAAGCGCUCGAUUGAGGACCGUUACGUGAAACGUCGAGUGCGGGGCGGAGCGGGGUACAUUGACGACGGCGCCCGAGCGCGGCCGAGCGCUGAGCUGAGACGUCGACGUAGAGCGGGGCGCGCGGGGGUGCGCCACUUUAUCGCGGCGGGCUGGCAACGUCGCGCGGGGUGGGAGCGCCCCGCGGCGCAACCUCUCACUCACCGUCGCCGGCUCGCCAGCCAGUGUUACCUU